AUGAUUGAUACUAAGAAUGGGGAAUCAUAUGAUGGCAUCUUGCUAGGAUGUGACAAUUACAUGAACAUAUCUUUAAAGGAUGUUAUUCGAACCACGAUUAAUGGGCAGUUCUCUAAAUUUGAGAAAGUCUUUAUCAGAGGCAAUCAUGUUAAGACUAUUUAGCUGACUGAGGAAAUACUAGAGAAUCAUAUUUUAGAUAUGAAAAAGAAAUAGGCUGAAAGAGCUAUCUAAGGGAACUUUGAGAGUGAAAAUAGAGGAGGAGGUAUGAGAUCUCAUAGUCGAGGAAGAGGUGGAAGUCAUGGAUCAUCAGACAGAGGAGGAGGAUUCAGAGGUGGUAGAGGAGGCUCAGAUUAUAGAGGUAAAAGAGGAGGAUCAGAUAGAGGAGGUCGUGGAGGACGAGGUGAUCGUGGAGGAAGAGGUGAUCGCGGUGGCCGAGGAGGUGAUCGUGGGAGCCGUGGCAACAGAGGUGGAAAUGAUAGAGGUGGAUUUAGAGGUAGAGGUAAUAAUAUGGGAUCUGGUAGAGCAUUCACAGGAGCUCUCAAAGAAUUCUCAGUUGGCUACAAAGGUACUGUUGGUUCAAGAGAAGGUUUUUAGCCUAAAUAAUUCGUGAGCUCAAGAAAUGAAAAAGCUAAAGUAACAAUUCAACAGCAGAGCAUCUUUGAAUUUAUGGAUGAGGAGGAUAUGAAACAAUACGCAGACACUCUCAAUGGCAAUGAAAAAGAGAAAUUUCUUCAAGGAUUGAAUGAGAACGGGGUGAGUGGAAUUCAUGGAAUGAAAGUCCCAGACGAGCUCAUUAUUACUACCAAUAAUUCAAAAGGAUAUUAACUGAUGAGAGCAAUGGGGUUUAAGGAUAGAGGAAGUUCUAAAUACUGCUUCAAAAAUUAUGAAGACUCGCCAGAAGAAGACUCUGAUGAAUUAGAGCGAGAUGCUGAUGGCUAUUUAUUGCCCAAAAAGAGACAUCUAAAAACUGAAAGAAAAGGAAGAAAGUAUUAUGACGGUCCAAUAACCUUUAAAAAUAAUCUCUUCGGCAUUGGGUUUUAACCAACAAAAAGUGAUCUUGAUGCAUUAGACCCUUAGAACGCAGAACUAUAGAUAAAAUAACAAAAUAACAGGAUUAAGAUGUCUGAAUUCGAUUACACUGGCAUUGAAAUCGAUGAAGAUGAUGAUUCAAUGUAAAUGACUUCAAUCUAUGAAACUUAAACAUUAGUUAAAAAGGGAUUUUAAAAUUAGACAGUGGUUGAUGAUGAUUUAGAAGAUGAUUCUAGACUAGGGAAAAUGAAUAACUCUCAGAAUAGAAAUAAUUUAAGCAUCCAAAAUAACCAAUUUAUCUUAGGAGGGACUCUCUAGGUUAAAAAGAUAGGUUCAAACAAAAUAACUAUUCCUGAAAAUUACAAUCCAUUUAAGGAGGCAGGUUUAGUCAUAAAUAAAGAGACUUAGGUCAAUCAAAAAAGAAAUUUCGUAUAGGAAAUCAUGCAAGAAUAAGCCUAUAAAUUUCAAAAGAAGUUUGUGAGCAACAAUUUGAAUGCUGAUCAGAGAGCGUAAAUGAUAGGGGAAUUAGAAAAUAAUGAAUCAAAAUAUCAAGGGAGAUUCUAAUAAUCUUAGCAAAGUUCUAAUGAUUUUAAGACCGAUUAAUAAAAAGCAAAACAUAAUGAGCCUAAGAUAUUAGUUGAAGUUCCAUUCAAGAAUGACUUGAAAAAAUACCUCAGAUUUAAAGGCUAUAUGCUUGAAAAAGAAGGGCUACUAGUAACUUUCGAUGUCCCUAAUAAUAUGAUGACUGGUUCUUAGCUCAAACUUGAAGGCUCUGAGUUUGAUAAGCUUAUAACACUUAAUAAAAUGAUGAUUUAGCAGUAAUUAGAUUAGAUCUAGUCCUCAAAUUAUGAUUAGGAGGCAGCAAAAUAUCAAUCUGGAGUUUAUACAAGUGAAAUGAAGAAUAGAACACAACAAGACAUCCAAAAAAGAAUUGAUGAUUUGUAAAAAUAAAUAAACAGGAGAGAAGAAGUAAAUUGGUAACCUGCUUAAUUAUUACUUUCAAGAUUUGGCUUGAUGGAUCCUCAUGAAGCCAAAAAGAUUAAGCCCCCGAUGUUUUUUAAGAACAUCCAUUAAGAAGCCAAAAAAUAAACUGAAUUUGAACGCAAAGAGACAUUGCAAAAUAUUCCAGGAAAUUCAAUGGCUUUUGAAGACUAAGAUGGAGAUAAAUUUUUCAAAGAUAUCCAACAACAGUUUGACAUUAACAAAGGAGUCGAAAUUAUUCAGCAAGAAGAUUAAGUCGAUGAAGAAAAUUUAUUAUAAAAUGAUUAGCAAGAGAUUGAAAGGGAAUCAAUCUAGGUAAUACCAGCAGAUCUGAUACCUGUGUUAUAGGAUAAGAGCUUGAUGAGUUUAGUAGAAAGACCACCAAUGUCACUGUUUGAAAGUAUAUUUAACAACAAUGAUGAAGGCAUUGAUGAAGAUGAUGUCUGA